AUGGUAAGAAGAGUGUCACUGCAAGUCCUGGUACAGCCUCCAUUUUAUCGUUCUUCAACAACACCCCUGCCACCUAGACUGGCAUGUCCUCUGUGUGGUCAGCUGGUGCCACGGUUCAGGAUAAACCAACACAUUGACUCACAGUGUCAGAACUUUCAGAGGGAAGAUGGUGCGUCCAUUGAUACUGCUUCAGCCAGUAACAUUGUUACUACAAUAAAGCUGCCAUCGUCUCACUCUCCUCCCAGGAAGGCCAGUAAGGUCCAUAAUCCAGACACAGGGCCUUCUUCUCCGAAGGAGGAAAAACCUCAGCGAGAGGCCAACUCCAACACCAGCCCAUACUUUAAAAAGCAUGGUGCUUCUUCUCCUUCUCAGCAGGUAACCACCAGAGAGAUGAGCAGUAAGACUGUAGUCAGGACCAUUGACCUAGGUAGCAGGCUGUCCUCUAAGCUCUCCAGGAGGGGCCUGAAGCGAAGCCUGAUGUCCCCUGAGGACCUACAGUCGCAGGUUGAUGACAUCAUCACCAUCCAGAAUUCCCCAGAGAAAGACAGAAGGUCUGAGGAACUGAGCAGCUCUCAGAAGGAGAACCACCUCCCUCGGGGAUUAGGUGACCAGACAACAUGCUUAAUGGCCACAGAGACAACAAAUGUCACAGUGGAAAGUCACAGUACAAUAUCACUGGGAAGACCUCAGAUAGAAAGCAGAGAAGAACCUUUAGAACAUUUAGAAUCCAAAUCUGAUUCUAAAUUAGAAUCCUUGUCUCCAGUAGUUUCUCUGGCCCCGCCACCUCUGUCCUCUGCUCCAUCCAAACUGAACAAGAGGAAGAAAGUAGAAAAAGCAGAGGUCUCUGUUAAAACACAGAGGAUGUCUACUCGCAGCAAGAAAGGCAGAUAUGAGAAGAGCGACGGUGGAGAACCUGAUGAGGACCUCACUAGAAACAAACUCCUUACGUCAACAACAACAGCUGAUGAUGAUGAUGAUGAUGAUGAUCGGCAACACAGAACAGAAGAAUCUUCAGCUGGUAACUGUGACACUCUUUUGAAGAGCAGCUCAGAGGUGCCUGAGGAGGAGUGUGAGAGAAGCACCAGAGGAAGAAAAGGAAAAUUAGAUGAAGAAGGAGAACAACAACAACAACAACAACAACAAGAAUCCACAGUGACCGGUAGCAGUGAUCAGCUGACAGAGCCCGGCACAGACAGAAGAACUGAUAAGGAAGAUUCCGAGUCACCACGGUUACCGUACUACCUGUGUAACUUCCUGACCGUGCUAGAGGCAGUGCUGGAGAAUGAAGAUGAUAGGAUGCUGUUCAAUCAAGAAGACCUCUCAGCCAUACACAGCUUUGAGCAUCUGUCAGGUGUGUAGAAUAGAACACGACUGCCAAUGACAGAUGUUAUAAUGUCUCAUGUAGCUGUUAUAAUGCAUACAUAAGAGAGGCUACAGGAAAGUGUUCUGCAAAAAAAUAGCACUGGUUAUUUUAGAACACACAAGAAUAAUAUAAAAUCACGAUAUACAAAUUACAAUACAAUUACAUGUAGUAAUUACCCCUUUAGGAUUUCGACUACUAUUUUAUCAUCAACCCGUCUUGCUAAUUUGUCUCUCUUUCCUCUCAGUGACAGGUCAGAAGCUGUACGUGAGACUGUUCCAGAGGAAACUGAAGUGGCUCCAGGUCAACAAGCUGAACUAUAAUGAGAUUAGCACUGACCUGGGACCUGUAGCUCAGGAGCUGGUGGAAGGAGGCUUCCUACAGACAGGUGAAUGAUUGGACUGGGAUUGUUUUUAUGCUACAUGCUAACUGUUGAAUGGACUUGAAUUAUGUUAUACUAAAUGCUUAACACUAGGCUGAUCUAGGACCUGUAGCUCAGGACCUGGUGAAAGGAGGCUUCCUACGAACAGUUGGAGGAAUGGACUUCCAUGGUAUUAUGCUACAUGCUAACUGUUGAAAGGUCUUGAAUGGUAUUAUGCUAAAUGCUAAUGUAGUGGAUGGCUAUGUGCAUUGCUACUGCCUUUUUGGUAUCUAGAGGUACUGUAGCCCUGCAUGCAGACAUGCCUUUUCUUUUCUGAGUCAGUAUUGACUGUGCUUCUUGAGUGUGUUGUGUUACGGUGCGGAGGGUUGAAUUUCCACUCUUGUCACAUUUAACAGUGGUAAGUCACUCAAAUGUUCAACCCCUACCAUCCAAUGCCCGACAUCCUCAACUGUUUUCCAGACAGGGACCUCCAGGAGCUGGGGGAGGUGCUGGACCUGCUGCCUGCCCCGGAGCUCCGUAGCCUGGCUAAGACCUUCCACCUGGGGGGCCCUGGGUCUGGCACCCAGAAACAUCAGCUGGUGGAGGGACUCCUGAAGCUGAGCAGACAGAGGUCUCUGUUCGCCCUGGCCCCAGGACAGAACAACACUGGGACUGUCAUUCUAAAGAGGUGAGGAAUAGAGAGGAGAGGGGAAGGGCUCUAGUGGCAUUCACAGCAAUAUGGAGCUUUUUCUACUGUCCUUUAUUUUUUUAAUUGAAAGGGAUAGACAUUAGUGAAUGGGAGACAUUAGUGAAUGGGAGACAUUAGUGAAUGGGAGACAUUAGUGAAUGGGAGACAUUAGUGAAUGGGAGACAUUAGUGAAAGGGAGACAUUAGUGAAAGGGAGACAUUAGUGAAUGGGAGACAUUAGUGAAUGGGAGACAUUAGUGAAUGGGAGACAUUAGUGAAUGGGAGACAUUAGUGAAUGGGAGACAUUAGUGAAUGGGAGACAUUAGUGAAAUGGGAGACAUUAGUGAAAUGGGAGACAUUAGUGAAAUGGGAGACAUUAGUGAAAUGGGAGACUGGUGGAAUGGGAGACUGAUGGAAUGGGAGACAGAUGGAAUGGGAGACAUUAGUGAAUGGGAGACUGAUGGAAUGGGAGACAUUAGUGAAUGGGAGACAUUAGUGAAUGGGAGACAUUAGUGAAAUGGGAGACAUUAGUGAAAUGGGAGACAUUAGUGAAUGGGAGACUGGUGGAAUGGGAGACUGAUGGAAUGGGAGACAGAUGGAAUGGGAGACAUUAGUGAAUGGGAGACUGAUGGAAUGGGAGACAUUAGUGAAUGGGAGACAUUAGUGAAUGGGAGACAUUAGUGAAUGGGAGACUGAUGGAAUGGGAGACUGAUGGAAUGGGAGACUGAUGGAAUGGGAGACAGAUGGAAUGGGAGACAUUAGUGAAUGGGAGACUGAUGGAAUGGGAGACAUUAGUGAAUGGGAGACAUUAGUGAAUGGGAGACUGAUGGAAUGGGAGACAGAUGGAAUGGGAGACAUUAGUGAAAGGGAGACAUUAGUGAAAGGGAGACACUAGUGAAAGGGAGACAUUAGUGAAAGGGAGACAUUAGUGAAUGGGAGACUGGUGGAAUGGGAGACUGAUGGAAUGGGAGACAGAUGGAAUGGGAGACAUUAGUGAAUGGGAGACAUUAGUGAAUGGGAGACAUUAGUGAAUGGGAGACUGAUGGAAUGGGAGACAGAUGGAAUGGGAGACAUUAGUGAAAGGGAGACAUUAGUGAAAGGGAGACAUUAGUGAAAAGGAGACAUUAGUGAAAGGGAGACAUUAGUGAGAGGGAGACAUUAGUGAAUGGGAGACUGAUGGAAUGGGAGACUGAUGGAAUGGGAGACUGAUGGAAUGGGAGACUGAUGGAAUGGGAGACAGAUGGAAUGGGAGACAUUAGUGAAAGGGAGACAUUAGUGAAAGGGAGACAUUAGUGAAAGGGAGACAUUAGUGAAUGGGAGACAUUUGUGAAUGGGAGAUUGAUGGAAAGGAAGACAUUAGUGAAUGGGAGACUGGUGGAAUGGGAGACAUUAGUGAAUGGGAGACUGAUGGAAUGGGAGACAUUAGUGAAUGGGAGACAUUAGUGAAUGGGAGACAUUAGUGAAUGGCAGACUGAUGGAAUGGGAGACAUUAGUGAAUGGGAAACUGAUGGAAUGGGAGACAUUAGUGAAUGGGAGACUGAUGGAAUGGGAGACAUUAGUGAAUGGGAAACUGAUAGAAUGGGAGACAUUAGUGAAUGGGAGACAUUAGUGAAUGGGAGACAUUAGUGAAUGGGAGACAUUUGUGAAUGGGAGACAUUCGUGAAUGGGAGACUGAUGGAAAGGAAGACAUUAGUGAAUGGGAGACUGGUGGAAUGGAGACAUUAGUGAAUGGGAGAACUGAUGGAAUGGGAGACAUUAGUGAAUGGGAGACAUUAGUGAAUGGGAGACAUUAGUGAAUGGCAGACUGAUGAAUGGGAGACAUAGUGAAUGGGAAACUGAUGGAAUGGAGACAUUAGUGAAUGGGAGACUGAUGGAAUGGGGAACAUUAGUGAAUGGGAAACUGAUAGAAUGGGAGACAUUAGUGAAUGGGAGACAUUAGUGAAUGGGAGACAUUAGUGAAUGGGAGACAUUAGUGAAUGGGAGACUGAUGGAAUGGGAGACAGAUGGAAUGGGAGACAUUAGUGAAAGGGAGACAUUAGUGAAAGGGAGACACUAGUGAAAGGGAGACAUUAGUGAAUGGGAGACAUUAGUGAAUGGGAGACAUUCGUGAAUGGGAGACAUUCGUGAAUGGGAGACUGAUGGAAAGGAAGACAUUAGUGAAUGGGAGACUGAUGGAAUGGGAGACAUUAGUGAAUGGGAGACUGAUGAAUGGGAGGAAGGGAGACAUUAGUGAAAGGAGACAUUAGUGAAGGAGACAUGUGUGAAUGGAGACAUUAGUGAAUGGGAGACUGAUGGAAUGGGAGACUGAUGGAAUGGGAGACAUUAGUGAAAGGGAGACAUUAGUGAAAGGGAGACAUUAGUGAAAGGGAGACAUUAGUGAAUGGGAGACAUUCGUGAAUGGGAGACUGAUGGAAAGGAAUACAUUAGUGAAUGGGAGACUGAUGGAAUGGGAGACAUUAGUGAAUGGGAGACUGAUGGAAUGGGAGACAUUGUGAAUGAGAUACAUUAGUGAAUGGGAUACAUUAGUGAAUGGGAGACAUUAGUGAAUGGCAGACUGAUGGAAUGGGAGACAUUAGUGAAUGGGAAACUGAUGGAAUGGGAGACAUUAGUGAAUGGGAGACUGAUGGAAUGGGAGACAUUAGUGAAUGGGAAACUGAUAGAAUGGGAGACAUUAGUGAAUGGGAGUCUGAUGGAAUGGGAGACUGAUGGAAUGGGAGACUGAUGGAAUGGGAGACUGAUGGAAUGGGAGACUGAUGGAAUGGGAGACUGAUGGAAUGGGAGACAUUAGUGAAUGGGAGACUGAUGGAAUGGGAGACAUUAGUGAAUGGGAGACAUUAGUGAAUGGGAGACAUUAGUGAAUGGGAGACAUUAGUGAAUGGGAGACUGAUGGAAUGGGAGACAGAUGGAAUGGGAGACAUUAGUGAAAGGGAGACAGAUGGAAUGGGAGACAUUAGUGAAUGGGAGACUGAUGGAAUGGGAGACUGAUGGAAUGGGAGACAUUAGUGAAUGGGAGACAUUAGUGAAUGGGAGACAUUAGUGAAUGGGAGACUGAUGGAAUGGGAGACAUUAGUGAAUGGGAGACUGAUGGAAUGGGAGACAGAUGGAAUGGGAGACAUAGUGAAAGGGAGACUGAUGGAAUGGGAGACUGAUGGAAUGGGAGACUGAUAGAAUGGGAGACAUUAGUGAAUGGGAGACAUUAGUGAAUGGGAGACUGAUGGAAUGGGAGAUAUUAGUGAAAGGGAGACAUUAGUGAAAGGGAGACAUUAGUGAAAGGGAGACAUUAGUGAAAGGGAGACAUUAGUGAAUGGGAUACAUUAGUGAAUGGGAGACUGAUGGAAUGGGAGACAUUAGUGAAUGGGAGACAUUAGUGAAUGGGAGACUGAUGGAAUCUGAGACACUAGUGAAUGGGAGACUGAUGGAAUCUGAGACAUUAGUGAAUGGGAGACAGAUGGAAUGGGAGUCAUUAGUGAAUGGGAGACAGCUGGAAUGGGAUACUGACGGAAUGGGAUACUGAUGUAAUGGGAUACUGAUGUAAUGGGAUACUGAUGUAAUGGGAUACUGAUGUAAUGGGAGACAUUAGUGAAUAGGAGACAGAUGGAAUGGGAGUCAGAUGGAAUGGGAGUCAGAUGGAAUGGGAGUCAGAUGGAAUGGGAGACAGAUGGAAUGGGAGACAGAUGGAAUGGGAGACAGAUGGAAUGGGAGACAGAUGGAAUGGGAGACAGAUGGAAUGGGAGACAUUAGUGAAUGGGAGACUGAUGGAAUCUGAGACACUAGUGAAUGGGAGACUGAUGGAAUCUGAGACAUUAGUGAAUGGGAGACAGAUGGAAUGGGAGUCAUUAGUGAAUGGGAGACAGCUGGAAUGGGAUACUGACGGAAUGGGAUACUGACGGAAUGGGAUACUGAUGUAAUGGGAUACUGAUGUAAUGGGAUACUGAUUGAAUGGGAUACUGAUGGAAUGGGAGACAUUAGUGAAUGGGAGUCAGAUGGAAUGGGAGUCAGAUGGAAUGGGAGUCAGAUGGAAUGGGAGUCAGAUGGAAUGGGAGACAUUAGUGAAUGGGAGUCAGAUGGAAUGGGAGUCAGAUGGAAUGGGAGUCAGAUGGAAUGGGAGUCAGAUGGAAUGGGAGACAUUAGUGAAUGGGAGACAGAUGGAAUGGGAGACAUUAGUGAAUGGGAGACUGACGGAAUGGGAGACAGAUGGAAUGGGAGACAUUAGUGAAUGGGAGACAGAUGGAAUGGGAGACAUUAGUGAAUGGGAGACAGAUGGAAUGGGAGACUGACGGAAUGGGAGACAGAUGGAAUGGGAUAAAGUGUACAGAAAGGCAGAACAGUGGGACAGGCAUUCUUACCUACGCAGGCAGGGGAUUGCAUAUGUGAUGAGGUCAGCUGCCUGAAACACACAACCAUCCUCAGGUACACUCCGACACUAAUAAUCUCUCCUCUCCAGGGCGAAGCAGCUAGCUGGUUCCUGUGUACGUCUGCAUCGCGGCCCCAGGGCCGUGUUCUCUCGGGUUCUCCUCCUCUUCUCCCUGACAGACGGGCUGGAGGAGGAGGAGACGGCCGGAGGGGGUCAGGGUCAGCUCUACACCAUCCUACUGGUCAACUCUGGCCAGCUGGCUUUCCCUGACUACACCGUACAGCGCAGAGCCAAACUGUUCCUGGAUAGAGAAGAUCUUAUCAGGUUAGAGUGUAGGCUUACGGUGUAUAUUUGGGUCAGAUCUCAUUGGUCAGUGCUGUGGACACUGAUUGAUCAACCUCUAAUGUUCAUGUUGUUUAUUUAGGUGUGAGUUCUAUAGGCUAUCUAGGUGUUACUAUAAAAUGGGUUGUUUGGAUCCUGGAUGCUGAUCGAUUGAUAGCUGGGAGUUAUUCACGACAAUCCCCAGGAAAUGCCUGUUAGCGGUUCAAUGCACAUCCACUGUCCCACAGUCCAGGCCAGCCAAUUCAUGAACUUCAUGGGAAAAAAGUAUCUAGACGUCAUUUUUUUGGGUUUGCAACUGUGAGGGUUUGUAUAAACCUUGCUGCCUGCCUCUCUGACAUGUGCUACAAUGUAGCCUUUUUUAAAAAUGUAUUUUAUCUGUACUCCGCUUCCCGUUGUGCUAAGAACAGCCCUUAGUCCUGUGUUAUUCUCACAAUAAUCCCCUGGGUUUUCAUGCCUUUUAUUGUUUAAAGAUCAGAAAGGAGAAAGGGAGAUGCAUGUAGAAGGGGCUAGACACCAGGGCGGAUAUGGAAUCCGUAGUCAGCAGCACUACCAUUAGACUCUGGCACACAUUCUGCCAAUAUUAACAAAAUGGUGCGGACAGACACGGUCAGCCUGUUUCUAGCUCCUAGCCAACUUUGCAGUAUUUGUUGUUGUUGUUGUUGUUGUGCUUCUUACAUUAUUUGAUCAGAAUGUUUCUAGUAUUAUUACCUAUAGCCCAAAAUAACCUUUGGACAUUAAAUCGGCUGUCACACCCAGAAAUUCGAUUUCCCUGACCCGGAUCCUUUGUUUGGAUUCUCAGAAGCAGACCCAAUUAUUCCGGGUGCUAGACCAAAACGUCGACGCCGGAGAAGAGGGAGAAGUGGGGUCCUAGUCAGGCUCAGGUGGCGAGCAAACCGUCCACCACUUCCGAGUAUAGCACUCGCUAAUGUUCAGUCCCUGAACAACAAAGUAGAUGAGCUCAGGGUGAGGAUCUCUUUUCAGACAGACACAAGGGACUGUAACAUAAUCUGUUUUAUGGAAUCAUGGCUCUCUCUGGAUAUAUUGUCCCCGUCCAUACAGCCAGCGGGAUUCUCAGUUCAUCGCCCGGACAGGAAGAAAGAACUCUCCGGGAAAAACAGAGGUGGAGGGGUAUGUCUGAUGAUGAACAACUCAAUGUGUGAUUGUGGUAACGUACAGGAACUCAAGUCCUUUUGUUCUCCCGAUCUGGAAUACCUUACCAUCAAAUGCCGACUGCAUUACCUCACGAGAUAAUUUUCUUUGAUUAUUGUCACUGCCGUGUAUAUUUCCCCCCAAAGCUGACACAGUGACGGCUCGCAAGGAACUGAGGAACUGAGGCUGAAAACAGGAAAACACAUAUCCUGAGGCCUGCAUUUAUUGUAGCUGGGGACUUUAAUAAAGGAAAUCUGAGGAAACACUCCCGAAAAUCUAUCAACACAUCUCCAAGGCUACAUUUGGAGAGAACACACUUGACUGUUGUUACUCUCCCUUCAGGGACGACUGCAAGGUCCUCCCCCCGCCCCUCCCUUUGGCAAAUCAGACGACGCCUCCAUCCUGCUCCUCCCCGCCUAUAGGCAGAAACUUUAAGCAGGAAGCAACCGUGGUAAGGACUGUUCAACAUUGGUCUGACCAAUCGGAAUCUAUGCUUCAAGACUGUUUUUGAUCGCUUGAACUGGGAAAUGUUGCGCGUCACCGAACUUAUCCAAACCAAAAAUAUAUUAUUAUUAAAACCGUGGAUAGGUAGCCACCGAGCCACCGUUUUGACUUAAAUCUGCUUGAAAAUCUGUGGCAAGACCUGAAAGUGGUUGUUUAGCAAUGAUCAACAAUCAAUUUGACAGAGUUUGAAGGAUUCUAAGAAGAAGAAUGGGCAAAUGUUGAACAAUCCAGGUGUGCAAAGCUCUUAGAGACGUACCCAGAAACACUCACAGCUGUAAUCGCUGCCAAAGGUGAUUCUAACAUGUAUUGACUCAGGGGGUUGACUACUUAUCUAAUCAAGAUAUAUUAGUGUUUAGUGUCAUAUUUUUUUAUUUUUACAAAUGUUAGAAUUUUUCUUCCACUUUGACAUUAGAGUAUUUUGUGUAGGAUCGUCGACAAAAAAAUGACAAAUCCAUUUUAGUCCCACUUUGAAACACAACAAAAUGUGUCAAGGGGUGUGAAUACUUUCUGAUGACACGGAAUAUACUGCGUUCUAGUCAUCCAAUAGGAUGCCCCCAUGCUCAACUGGCAGCACGCGGUUCCUAGAUAUCAAAUGUUAUUUGUCACAUGCGCCUUAAUACAACAGGUGUAGACCUUACCGUGAAAUGCUUACUUACAAGACCUUAACCAACAAUGCAGUUCAAGAAAUAGUUAAGAAAAUAUUUACUAAAUAAACUAAAGUAAAAUAUAAAAUUACACAAUAAAAUAACAAUAACGAGGCUAUAUACAGGGGGUACCGGUACUGAGUAAAUGUGCGGGGGUACAGGUUAGUCGAGGUAAUUUGUUCAUGUAGGUAGGGUUAAAGUGACUAUGCAUAGAUAAUAAACAGCGAGUAGCAGCAGUGUAAAAAAAAAAAAAAGGGGGUCAAUGUAAAUAGUCCGGAUGGCCAUUUGAUUAAUUGUUCAGCAGCCUUAUGGCUUGGGGGUAGAAGCUGUUAAGGAGCCUCUUGGACCUAGACUUGACGUUCCGGUACCGCUUGCCAUGUGCGGUAGUAGAGAGAACAGUCUAUGACUAGGGUGACUGGAGUCCUUGACAAUUUUUAGGGCCUUCCUCUGACACCGCAUGGUAUAGAGGUCCUGGAUGGCAGGAAGCCUGGCCCCAGUGAUGUACUGGGCCAUACGCACUACCCUCUGUAGCGCCUUAUGGUCGGAGGCCGAGCAGUUGCCAUAACAGGCAUUGAUGCAACCCGUCAGGAUGCUCUCGAUGGUGCAGCUGUAUAACCUUUUGAGGAUCUGGGGACCCAUUCCAAAUCUUUUCAGUCUCCUUAGGGGGAAAAGGUGUUGUCGUGCCCUCUUCACGACUGUCUUGGUGUGUUUGGACCAUGAUAGUUUGUUGGUAAUGUGGACACCAAGGAACUUGAAGCUCUCGAUGUGAACGGUGGCGUGUUCGGCCCUCCUUUUCCUGUAUUCCACAAUCAGCUCCUUUGUCUUGCUCACGUUGAGGGAGAGGUUUUGUCCUGGCACCACACUGCCUGGUCUCUGAGGCUGUCUCGUUGUUGGUGAUCAAGGCCUACCACUGUUGUCGUCAGCAAACUUAAUGAUGGUGUUGGAGUCGUGCUUGGCCACGCAGUCGUGGGUGAACUGGAGUACAGGAGGGGACAAAGCAUGCACCCCUGAGGGGCCCCCGUGUUGAGGAUCAGCGUGGCAGAUCGGUUGUUACCUACCCUUACCACCUGGGGGCGGCCCAUCAGGAAGUCCAGGAUCCAGUUGCAGAGGGAGGUGUUUAGUCCCAGGGUCCUUAGCUUAGUGAUGAGCUUUGUGGGCACUAUGGUGUUGAACACUGAACUGUAGUCAAUGAACAGCAUUCUCACAUAGGUGUUUCUUUUGUCCAGGUGGGAAAGGGCAGUGUGUAGUGCGAUUGAGAUUGCGUCAUCUGUGGAUCUGUUGGGGCGGUAUGUGAAUUGGAGUGGGUCUAGGGUUUCUGGGAUGAUGGGGUUGAUGUGAGCCAUGACCAGCCUUUCAAAGCACUUCAUGGCUACCGACGUGAGUGCUACGGGGCGAUAGUCAUUUAGGCAGGUUACCUUCGCAUUCUUGGGCACAGGGACUAUGGUGGUCUGCUUGAAACAUGUAGGUAUUACAGACUCGGUCAGGGAAAGGUUGAAAAUGUCAGUAAAGACACUUGACAGUUGGUCCGCGCAUGCUCUGAGUACACGUCCUGGUAAUCCGUCUGGCCCCGCGACCUUGUGAAUGUUGACCUGUUUUAAAGGUCUUGUUCACAUCGGCUACGGAGAACGUGAACCCACAGUUGUCCGGAACAGCUGGUGCACUCAUGCAUGCCUCAGUGUUGCUUGCCUCAAGUGAGCAUAAAAGGCAUUUAGCCCGUCUGGUAGGCUCGCGUCACUGGGCAGCUCAUGGCUGGGUUUCCCUUUGUAGUCUGUAAUAGUUUGCAAGCCCUGCCACAUCCGACGAGCGUCAGAGCCGGUGUAGUAGGAUUCAAUCUUAGACCUGUAUUGACUCUUUGCCUGUUUGAUGGUUCGUCUGAGGGCAUAGCGGGAUUUCUUAUACGCGGAUUAGUGUCCCACUUCUUGAAAGCGGCAGCUCUAGCCUUUAGCUCAAUGCGGAUGUUGCCUGUAAUCCAUGGCUUCUGGUUGGGGUAUGUACGUACGGUCACUGUGGGCACGACGUCAUCGAUGCACAUAUUGAUGAAGCCGGUGACUGAGGAGGUAUACUCCUCAAUGCCAUUGGAUGAAUCCCGGAACAUAUUCCAGUCUGUGCUAGCAAAACAGUCCUGUAGCGUAGCAUUCGCGUCAUCUGACCACUUCCGUAUUGAGCGAUUCACUGGUACUUCCUGCUUUAGUUUUUGCAAGAGGAGUGUGAACAGUUUGGGGUCGCAUGGGUUGCGAGGUGGGGGUUUGUUACUACGCCGAUAAUGGGUAAAUAGUCAAGGCUCAUCCUAUAUAACUACUGCUGUACAUAAUUGUUCUAUUCAUAUACUGUCUAUAUAAACCAUUAACAUUUACACUGAGUGUCAAAACAUUAGGAACACUUUCCUAAUAUUGAGUUGCACCCUCUUUUGCCCUCAGAAUAGCCUCAAUUAGUCAGGGCAUGGGCUCUACAAGGUGUCGAAAGCGUUCCACAGUGAUGCUGGCCCAUUUUGACUCCAAUGCUUCCCACAGUUGUGUCAAGUUGGCUGGAUGUCCUUUGGGUGGUGGACCAUUCUUGAUACACACGGAAAACUGUUGAGUGGGGAAAAACCCAGCAGCGUUGGGAGUUCUUGACACACUCAAACCGGUGCGCCUGGCACCUACUACCAUACCCCAUUCAAAGGCACUUAAAUAUUUUGUCUUGCCCAUUCACCCUCUGAAUGGCACACAUACACAAUCCAUGUCUCAAUUGUCUCAAGGCUUAAUAAUCUCCCCUCCGCUUCAUCAACACUGAUUGAAGUGGAUUUAACAGGUGGCAUCAAUGAGGGAUCAUAGCUUUCACCUGGUCAGUCUGUGUCAUGGAAAGAGCUGGUGUUCCUAAUGUUUUGUCCACUCAGUGUAGAUGUAUUUAUAUUCCCGGACUGUGACUCUGGGUCCUAGACGUCUGAUGUUUCUGAUAUGUCUUAAUGUCUUUGUUCUUGUUUUUUUUGUGUGUAUUGUUAUUGUGUUGCUAGAUAUUGCUGCAUUGUUGGAGCUGGAAACAUCAGCGUUUCCAUUUUUCGAUCACCAGCGUCUGCAAAACGGUGCACGCGAACAAUAAACAUCAUUGGACUCACCCCCUCUAUCUGUCGUGGCAGGUAUGAGGCGGCGAUGCGAGCGCUGCAAGAGGUGAUCACAGCCAUGCAGGCAGGCCGCUGGGAGGACGCUCUGGCGCUUUACACUGCAGCCAAGACGACCUGGCAGGAGAUGAGCAAGACUUACGACCUCAGGUGGGGAGCGGGGUCCACUAGCGUCAUAUUCAUCCAUCUUUGACAAUCUUUGAUCUGUGUCCAGGCGGGUCUCACAUUGGCCUGCACAGCCAAAUGCAAUCCCCCCCCCCCCCCCCCCCACACAAUAAUCACUUGAUAAGCGACGUUAUCGUCGACGUUGAUGGACAGCCGUAAGCCAGCCAAACUAAGUGUGUGUUGUGUGUGUGUGUGUGUGGUGUGUGUGUGUGGUGUGUGUGUGUGUGUGUGUGUGUGUGUGUGGUGUGUGUGUGUGUGUGUGUGUGUGUGUGUGUGUUGUGUGGUGUGUGUGUGUGUGUGUGUGUGUGUGUGUGUGUGUGUGUUGUGUGUGUGUGUGUGUGUGUGUGUGUGUGUGUGUGUGUGUGUGUGUGUGUGUGUGUGUGUGUGUGUGUGUGUGUGUGUAGCCACCAGGAGGGGCUGCCAGUGUUCCUGCGCUGUUUCACCACAGGGUGGGCCUACACACGCAUCCUGUCCAGGGGAGUAGAAGUACUACAGAGACUACAUUGCUACAAGGUGGAUACACGCUCAUUCAUAUACCUCGAUAUAUAUACCACACUCAUUCAUAUACCUCUAUAUAUAUAUAUACACACACUCAUUCAUAUACCUCGAUAUAUAUAUACACACGCUCAUUCAUAUACCUCGAUAUAUAUACACACACUCAUUCAUAUACCUCGAUAUAUAUAUACACACACUCAUUCAUAUACCUCGAUAUAUAUAUACACACACUCAUUCAUAUACCUCGAUAUAUACACACACUCAUUCAUAUACCUCGAUAUAUCACACUCAUCAUACCUGAUAUAUAUAUAUUAUAUAUAUAUACACACACUCAUUCAUAUACCUCGAUAUAUACACACACUCAUUCAUAUACCUCGAAAUAUACACACACUCAUUCAUAUACCUCCAUAUAUACACACACUCAUUCAUAUACCUCGAUAUAUAUAUAUAUACACCACAAACCUCAUAUCAUAUACCACCAUAUAAUAAUACACACACACUCAUUCAUAUACCUCGAUAUAUAUAUAUAUAUACACACACUCAUUCAUAUACCUCGAGAUAUAUAUAUAUAUAUAUAUAUAUAUAUAUACACACACUCAUUCAUAUACCUCGAUAUAUAUAUACACACACUCAUUCAUAUACCUCGAUAUAUACACACACUCAUUCAUAUACCUCGAUAUACACACACUCAUUCAUAUACAGUGGCUUGCGAAAGUAUUCACCCCCCUUGGCAUUUUUCCUAUUUUGUUGCCUUACAAGCUGGAAUAAAAAUUUAUUUUUGGGGGGUACAGUUGAAGUCGGAAGUUUACAUACAUCUUAGCCAAAUACAUUUAAACUCAGUUUUCCACAAUUCCUGACAUUUAAUCCUAGUAAAAAUUGCCUGUUUUAGGUCAGUUAGGAUCACCACUUUAUUUUAAGAAUGUGAAAUGUCAGAAUAAUAGUAGAGAGAAUGAUUUAUUUAAGCUUUUAUUUAUUUCAUCACAUUCCCAGUCGGUCAGAAGUUUACAUACACUCAAUUACUCAUUGGUAGCAUUGCCUUUAAAUUGUUUAACUUGGGUCAAAUGUUUAGGGUAGCCUUCCACAAGCUUCCCACAAUAAGUUGGGUGAAUUUUGGCCCAUUCCUCCUGACAGAGCUGGUGUAACUGAGUCAGGUUUGUAGGCCUCCUUGCUCGCACACGCUUUUUCAGUUCUGCCCACACCUUUUCUAUAGGAUUGAGGUUAGGGCUUUGUGAUGGCCACUCCAAUACCUUGACUUUGUUGUCCUUAAGCCAUUUUGCCACAACUUUGGAAGUGUGCUUGGGGUCAUUGUCCAUUUGGAAGACCCAUUUGCAACCAAGCUUUAACUUCCUGACUGAUGUCUUGAGAUGUUGCUUCAUUAUAUAUACAUCAUUUUCCUUCCUCAUGAUGCCAUCUAUUUUGUGAAGUUCACCAGUCCCUCCCGCAGCAAAGCACCCCCACAGCAUGAUGCUGCCACCCCCGUGCUUCACGGUUGGAAUGGCGUUCUUCGGCUUGCAAUAUCCCCCUUUUUCCUCCAAACAUAACGAUGAUCAUUAUGGCCAAACAGUUCUAUUUUUGUUUCAUCAGACCAGAGGACAUUUCUCCAAAAAGUACGAUCUUUGUCCCCAUGUACCGUACUCUGUUUUUUUUAUGGCGGUUUUUGAGCGGCCUUUCAGGUUAUGUCGAUAUAGGACUCAUUUUACUGUGGAUAUAGAUACAUUUGGACCUGUUUCCUCCAGCAUCUUCACAAGGUCCUUUGCUGUUGUUCUGGGAUUGAUUUGCACUUUUCACACCAAAGUACGUUCAUCUCUAGGAGACAGAACGCGUGUCCUUCUUGAGCGGUAUGACGGCUGUGUGGUCCCAUGGUGUUUAUACUUGCGUACUAUUGUUUGUACAGAUGAACGUGGUACCUUCAGGUGUUUGGAAAUUGCUCCCAAGAAUGAACCAGACUUGUGGAGGUCUACAAAAAUAAUUCUGAGGUCUUGGCUGAUAUAUUUUGAUUUUCCCAUGAUGUCAAGCAAAGAGGCACUGAGAGUUUGAAGGUAGGCCUUGAAAUACAUCCACAGGUACACCUCCAAUUGACUCAAAUGAUGUCAAUUAGCCUAUUAUAAGCUUCUAAAGCUAUGACAUCAUUUUCUGGAAUUUUCCAAGCUGUUUAAAGGCACAGUCAACUUAGUGUAUGUAAACUUCUGACCCACUGGAAUUGUGAUACAGUGAAUUAUAAGUUAAAUAAUCUGUCUGUAAACAAUUGUUGGAAAAAUGACUUGUGUCAUGCACAAAGUAGAUGUCCUAACCGACUUGCCAAAACUAUAGUUUGUUAACAAGAAAUGUGUGGGUGGUUGAAAAACGAGUUUUAAUGACUCCAACCUAAGUGUAUGUAAACUUCCGACUUCAACUGUAUGUAUCAUUUGAUUUACACAACAUGCCUACCACUUUGAAGAUGCAAAAUAUUUUUUAUUGUGAUACAGACAAGAAAUAAGACAAAAAAACAGAGAACUUGAGCGUGCAUAACUACUCACCCCCCCCCCAAAGUCAAUACUUUGUAGAGCCACCUUUUGCAGCAAUUACAGCUGCAAGUCUCUUGGGGUAUGUCUCUAUUAGCUUGGCACAUCUAGCCACUGGGAUUUUUGCCCAUUCUUCAAGGCAAAACUGCUCCAGCUCCUUCAAGUUGGAUGGGUUCUGCUGGUGUACAGCAAUCUUUAAGUCAUACCACAGAUUCUCAAUUGGAUUGAGGUCUGGGCUUUGACUAGGCAAUUCCAAGACAUUUAAAUGUUUCCCUUAAACCACUCGAGUGUUGCUUUAGCAGUAUGCUUAGGGUCAUUGUCCUGCUGGAAGGUGAACCUCCGUCCCAGUCUCAAAUCUCUGGAAGACUGAAACAGGUUUCCCUCAUGAAUUUCCCUGUAUUUAGCGCCAUCCAUCAUUCCUUCAAUUCUGACCAGUUUCCCAGUCCCUGCCGAUGAAAAACAUCCCCACAGCAUGAUGCUGCCACCACCAUGCUUCACUGUGGGGAUGGUGUUCUCGGGGUGAUGAGAGGUGUUGGGUUUGCGCCAGACAUAGCGUUUUCCUUGAUGGCCAAAAAGCUCAAUUUUAGUCUCAUCUGACCAUAGUACCUUCUUCCAUAUGUUUGGGGAGUCUCCCACAUGCCUUUUGUUGAACACCAAACGUGUUUGCUUUUUUUUUUCUUUAAGCAAUGCUUUUUUUCUGGCCACUCUUCCGUAAAGCCCAGCUAUAUGGAGUGUACGGCUUAAAGUGGUCCUAUGGACAGAUACUCCAAUCUCCGCUGUGGAGCUUUGCAGCUCCUUCAGGGUUAUCUUUGGUCUCUUUGUUGCCUCUCUGAUUAAUGCCCUCCUUGCCUGGUCCGUGAGCUUUGGUGGGCGGCCCUCUCUUUGCAGGUUUGUUGUGGUGCCAUAUUCUUUCAAUUUUUGAAUAAUGUAUUUAAUGGUGCUCCGUGGGAUGUUCAAAGUUUCUGAUAUUUUUUUAUAACCCAACCCUGAUCUGUACUUCUCCACAACUUUGUCCCUGACCUGUUUGGAGAGCUCCUUGGUCUUCAUGGUGCCGCUUCCACUUCACCAAUUUGGAAUAUUUUGUGUAUGUCCAUUACAUGAAAUCCAAAUAAAAAUCAAUUUAAAUUACAGGUUGUAAUGCAACAAAAUAGGAAAAACGCCAAGGGGAUGAAUACUUUUGCAAGGCACCGUACCUGGAUAUACACACACACACAUUCAUAUACCUCGAUAUACACACAUUCAUAUACCUCGAUAUAUAUAUAUAUAUACACACACACACAUUCAUAUACCUCGAUAUACACCCACAUUCAUAUACCUCGAUAUAUACACAUACACACAUUCAUAUACCUCGAUAUAUACACACACACAUAUUCAUAUACCUCGAUAUACUAAAAAUGUAAAUGUAAAUGUAAAUAUACAGUACCAGUCAAAAGUUUUAGAACACCUACUCAUUCAAGGUUUUUUCUUUGUGUUAAACAAAUAAAAAUAUAUACCCUUUGCCUUGAUGACAGCUUUGCAUACUCUUGGCAUUCUCUCAACCAGCUUCAUGAGGUAGUCACCUGGAAUGCAUUUCAAUUAACAGGUAUGCCUUCUUAAAAGUUAAUUUGUAGAAUUUCUUUCCUUCUUAAUGCGUUUGAGCCAAUCAGUUGUGUUGUGACAAGGUAGGGGGGGUAUGCAGAAAAAAGUCCAAGUCCAUAUUAUGGCAAGAACAGCUCAAAUAAGCAAAGAGAAACGACAGUCCAUCAUUACUUUAAGACAUGAAGGUCAGCCUAUCCGGAACAUUUCAAGAACUUUGAAAGUUUCUUCAAGUCUAGUCGCAAAAACCAUCAAGCGCUAUGAUGAAACUGGCUCUCAUGAGGACCGCCACAGGAAUGGAAGACCCAGAGUUACCUCUGCUGCAGAGGAUAAAUUCAUUAGAGUUACCAGCCUUAAAAAUUGAAGCCCAAAUAAAUACUUCACAGAGUUCAAGUAACAGACACAUCUCAACAUCAACUGUUCAGAGGAGACUGUGAAUCAGGCCUUCAUGGUCGAAUUGCUGCAAAGAAACCACUACUAAAGGACACCAAUAAGAAGAAGAGACUUGCUUGGAUCUCCGCAUGUGUGUUUCCCACCGUGAAGCAUGGAGGAGGAGGUGUUAUGGUGUGGGGGUGCUUUGCUGGUGAAACUGUCUGAUUUAUUUAGAAUUCAAGGCACACUAAACCAGCAUGGCUACCACAGCAUUCUGCAGCGAAGGGGUUUAGUGGGACUAUCAUUUGUUUUUCAACAGGACAAUGACCAAACACACCUUCAGGCUGUGUAAAGGCUAUUUUACCAAAAAGGAGAGUGAUGGAGUGCUGCAUCAGAUGACCUGGCCUCCACAAUCCCCCGACCUCAACCCAAUUUGAGAUGGUUUGGGAUGAGUCGGACCGCAGAGUGAAGGAAAAGCAGCCAAGAGUGUGCAAAGCUGUCAUCAAGGCAAAGGGUGGCUAUUUGAAGAAUCUCAAAUAUAAAAUAUAUUUUGAUUUGUUUAGCACUUUUUUGGUUACUACAUGAUUCCAUAUGUGUUAUUUCAUAGUUUUGAUGUCUUCACUAUUAUUCUACAAUGCAGAAAAUAGUAAAAAGAAAGAAAAACCCUGGAUAUACACACACUCAUUCAUAUACCUCGAUAUACACGCACACACACACACACACAGCAGUGUGUAGUAUAAUGUAUUGAUUCUGAUCGGUUGUGUUCCAGGAAGCGGUGAAGGAGCUGCGCUCCCUAUUGGCCCAGUCAGUCUACUGUCCAGACAGCAGGGGGCGAUGGUGGGACAGACUGGCACUCAACCUCCAGCAGCACCUCAAACUACCCGAACAGGUCAGUCAACCACUCAACCUCCAGCAGCACCUCAAACUACCCGAACAGGUCAGUCAACCACUCAACCUCCAGCAGCACCUCAAACUACCCGAACAGGUCAGUCAACCACUCAACCUCCAGCAGCACCUCAAACUACCCGAACAGGUCAGUCAACCACUCAACCUCCAGCAGCACCUCAAACUACCUGAACAGGUCAGUCAACCACUCAACCUCCAGCAGCACCUCAAACUACCCGAACAGGUCAGUCAACCACUCAACCUCCAGCAGCACCUCAAACUACCCGAACAGGUCAGUCAACCACUCAACCUCCAGCAGCACCUCAAACUACCCGAACAGGUCAGUCAACCACUCAACCUCCAGCAGCACCUCAAACUACCUGAACAGGUCAGUCAACCACUCAACCUCCAGCAGCACCUCAAACUACCCGAACAGGUCAGUCAACCACUCAACCUCCAGCAGCACCUCAAACUACCCGAACAGGUCAGUCAACCACUCAACCUCCAGCAGCACCUCAAACUACCCGAACAGGUCAGUCAACCACUCAACCUCCAGCAGCACCUCAAACUACCUGAACAGGUCAGUCAACCACUCAACCUCCAGCAGCACCUCAAACUACCUGAACAGGUCAGUCAACCACUCAACCUCCAGCAGCACCUCAAACUACCUGAACAGGUCAGUCAACCACACCGUCUCUUAAGUACUUUGUCCCAUGGUUCUUCCUGAACUUAUCCUGUAUUUUAUGGACUAUUGCACUUUGUUAAUGUUUGUCUGGAUUUCACUUUGCACUAUCUUAUACGUGGUAUUUAUUAAAUGUGUGUCUUUUUCUCUGUGUCCUAGCAGUAAUUAGUGUUAAUUGAAUUGAAAUUCCCCCUGUAUCAAUCCCAGGCUAUCCGCUCCAUCAGAGACGGUCUCUCUGACCCCUUGGUGAGGACGGGCCACCAGCUGUCACUCCACCAAAGAGCCAAUAGGAUGAAGGAAUCCCCCAGCUACAAGAAGUACCGCCCCCUGCUCAGUGACCUGCCCACCAUCCACGUCAACGAUGUCACUCAUGUGAGUCACUUCUGUCGCUGAUUUAAAUAUACAUGAUAUUCAGAGAUGGGUAAAUGCUAAGCGGCGAUUGAGAUGACAAUCUUUGUUAGCAAGUUAAGUAAAACGCUAAUACAAAAAACUAAAAUGUUGGUUAAGAGGUGGGUAAAUUCUAUUCCCCAAAUAAAAAGGGAAGGUAAACUGGGUUUACUUGAGAAAUGUUUUUAUUUUAUUUUAUUAUUCUUUUUUAUUUAUUUUUAUUUUUAUAUUUUUUAGGGGUAGUUGAGUUUAUGCUUCACUACAUCACUGAUAACGUCUUUUGACUUUCUAAACGUCAUCCAGUUUUAAAACCAGACUCGUUUUGUGUGUGUGAUAUUAUGUGUGUAUUGUGUCUGUGUGUAUUGUGUCUAUUAGGUCACGAUCCGGGGGCAGCUCUUCCCCCAUGAGGGGGGGACAGGGAAGAAUGUGUUCCUCAUGCCUGCUGAGGAGGAGGGGGGGAGAGAGGGGGGAUACUCCACUGUCAUGUGUUCUGUGGAAGAGCUGUCACUGGCACACUACCGUCGCCAAGGCUUUGACCAAGGUAUGCUGCUUCACUUCUUUUCAAGUGUCAGUUUUUUUUUUUUUUUUUGCUUCUUUUAAAAUUGUCAAGUUUUCGUGACCAAGGUAUGCUGCUUCACUUCUUUUCAAGUUUCCUUUUUUUUUUUUUGUUGCUUCUUUUAAAAUGGUCAAGUUUUCGUGUUUUUAAGUUUAUUUGACAUAUAAACCAGAGCUCUCACAGAAAAAGAACACAAUUGAAAAUAGCAAGUUCAGUAAAGUUCUCCUGUUGUCACAUGAACCUGUACUUAGAAAUGUAAUUCGGUGUAGCCUAAUGAAUCAAAUCUAAUUGUAUUUGUCACAUGCGCUGAAUACAUCAGCCACUGGUCCUCUGUAGCUCAAUUGGUAGAGCAUGGCGCUUGUAACGCCAGGGUAGUGGGUUCGAUCCCCGGGACCACCCAUACGUAAAAAUGUAUGCACACAUGACUGUAAGUCGCUUUGGAUAAAAGCGUCUGCUAAAUGGCAUAUUAUUAUUAUUAUUAUUAUUAUUAUUAUUAUUAUUAUUAUUAUUAUUAUACAACAGGUGUAGACUUGACCGUGAAAUGCUUACUUACCACAUGGAUGGAAGUGAAGUUUGACUGAACAUUUUCUUGGUUAUCUAUAGGGAUCCAUGGAGAGGGCUCCACGUUUUCCACUCUGUUUGGUCUUCUGUUAUGGGACGUCAUUUUCAUGGACGGUAUUCCAGACGUCUUCCGAAAUCCCUACCAGGUAAACAUGCUCAACCGUACACCUGUCCUUUGUGGUUCAGUUGGUUGAAGUGUGGCAGUAAUGACGUCAAGGUUUAAGGUUCAAUCCCCACAAGGCUCACGUAUAGCUGUACCUGCAUGCCCUCACUGUACUGAAAGACUCUGUAUAAAAGUGUCUGCUACGAGGCAUAUAUUUAAUAUUUCCUCGCCCUUCCUGUCCCUCUCCUAGCCCUGCCCACUGGACCUCUUCACAGACUGUUUCUAUGGGAACCGGAGGGAGGCGAUAGAGACGCGUGUGCAGGUGCUCUGUGAGGCGUCCAAUGAGACGCUGCACAACCUGAUGGCCGAGGCCUGGACCAAUCAGGAGGGGAGGGUGUGUUCACUGGUCAACUGGGAGCGCUUCUCAUCUCUGCAGCGGGCACAGGUAACUACAGUUAAGGCUCACUUCAAACCGAUUGGAUGACGCAUUGUCGGUACAGACAAAUCUUGUUUGUCAUUGACUUAACCACGUGGACAUGUGUGGCUCAGUUGGUAAGAGUAGCUUUGGUGCUAGCAACGCCAAGGUUGUGGGUUCAAUUCCCGCAGGCAUCACAUACACCUACUAAAAAUGUACUUUGCACUCCCUGUACUUUUAAAGUUGAAAAGCAUCUGCUAAGUUGUAGAAAUAUGACUUUCAGAUAGUCAUUAUAAAGCCUAUGCUAUGAUUUCAUGUAUAAGAAUGUGUUAGUAACAUGGUUAUUGUGUUUAUGGUAAAUCGUAUGUAAUUGUAGCAUGGUUAAACUAGCCUGUUGUUUACCUGGCUACUGUAAUGGUACCGAGCUGCUCUGACCCUCUGUGGUCUCCUCUCUUUUGCAGAGUCUCGUGUCGUGUCUGGGUGGAUCGUUUCUGGGAGGGAUGUUCACCAGGAUGGCCAAGGACUACAGACACUGCCGAGCAGGACUGCCCGACCUGGUGGUGUGGAACACAACCAGCAACACCUACAAGGUGAGCCCACAGGACUGUCUAGGCCUGCCCGGGGCUGUGGAAUUUAAACACAUUUAUUUGAGAUGACUAGGGUCUGUUAGUGUCCCAUGUUGACAUGUUGAUGAGAGGUGCGUUCGCUUGUUUCCAGUUGGUCGGAGGUAAAGGGGCCUAGCGACAGGCUGUCUCAGAAAAACAGCAGAUGUUCUAUGAAUUCUAUCAUAUUCUAUUGUUCCAGCUGGUGGAGGUGAAGGGCCCAAGCGACAGGCUGUCUCAGAAAAACAGCAGAUGUUCUAUGAAUUCUAUCAUAUUCUAUUGUUCCAGCUGGUGGAGGUGAAGGGCCCAAGCGACAAACUGUCCCAGAAGCAGCAGAUCUGGUUGGAUGAGCUACAGAGACUGGGGGCUGAUGUAGAGGUCUGUCACGUCACUGCCACCGGGGCCAGAGCAGCGUGGCUGGAAUAG